UGUUAAGUCAUGGAAUCUAAAUUGGCGAUUUUUGGAUUGUUUAUAUCACUUUAUCUAGUUAAUUAUGUGCAAGGACAAGUUAUAUCUGAAAAUAUUCUUCAAAUUCUCCAACGAACAACGGGAUUUUCAAAGUUUGCACAGCUAGUUACUCGGGCACAACUUACGAGUUUCUAUGAAUCUCCGACUACUAUGACCGUGUUUGCGUUUAAAGACAUUGCUUAUAAUCAGCUGCCAUACAGAGAACGAAAUAUAAUAGACAGCUACACGGAAACAGAGCUCAAAGAUUACCUCAAAUUCUGUACAAUCCCAGGAAACCGCGUACUCACAACUGCCAUCCAGGACAACCAGUAUGUGCGGAGCAGUGACUCCAAUGGCGACCGCCUCUUUUUCAAUCGCGUCCAGAGAAUGGACACUACUUCAGCAGGCACGUUUGGACCAAUUAAGUAUUAUGUCAAUGGCGUGGAGAUUUCGGAGGGAACAAAUCGAGAUAUAUCAGCUACCAAUGGGAUUGUUCAUGGUCUGAAUGGAGUCAUGCGGAAAACAAGUAAAAAAACAGCAUAUGGGUGGAUUCAAGAUCCAGAAGAUGCUACACAGAGAUUUAUGAGAUUCAUAGAUUUGAUGAGCUACCUAAUUGUGUUGGACAACAUCAAUGAUAUUUCAUCACCAGACAAGAUUACCACCUUAUUUUUUCCCAAUGACAAUGCAAUGCAAAAGAUUCCUACCACUCAGAUAGACAGACUUAAGAAUGAUCCCACAGAAUUACAGCGGAUUCUUCAAGCCCAUUAUGUUCCUAAUAGAGCUAUUUUCACAAACUGUAUUUCUCACAAUGAAGGUGUUACUAAUGCCAAAGGUCAACCAUUGACCUUCAGGAAGCCAUCAGGUUACAAUGUAUAUGUCAAUAGUGAUGGGGUGAGUGCGGCCAUUAUUGAGGGAAAUAUCACGGUGUCUAACGGAGUGGUGCACGUGGUCGAUCAGCUGCUGGGAUUUGUUUACAAUAACGUUCGUGAACAGAUUCAACGAGAGGGAACGAAAUUUGAACAGCUGAUAAAUCUCGGCACAGAAAACGUCAGGAAUUCCUUGGUGCAGCCCUCAGGGGUAACUGUCUUCGUGCCUCUGGACGCCGCCUUCCAGAAAAUCGCCAACAUCCGCUGGGCCAACCUGAAUAGUAACCAGACUUUAGUGGAUAUGGUGCUUCGACUGCAUAUUCUAGUACCCAACAACCCAAUUAUUAUCUCCUCCUUGCCAGCGAUGAGCGGAUAUGAGAGUCGUCAAUACAGGCAAACCAUGUAUAACAAUGAGAUGGUCACCAUUUAUAAUGAAAGAAAUGAAACCUGGGUACAGGGUGGUAACGUGAAGGCUCGCGUGAUCAGACCGGACAUAACGACCGUAAACGGCAUGAUCCAUAUCAUUGACUCUGUACUGGGAAUACCCUAUCUGGAUCUUCCAAUGCUAAUCUGCCAUGACGUUUGGCUAUUGCGUACAUAUGACUACAUGAGGAGAGUGGGACUAAAGAACUACCUUACGGACCGUAGAUUUACAGCAGAGACGUGCAGCUUCGAAAUUUAUGGCUAUCCUCCAAAUUAUGGAUCAACCGUGCUCACUAACCAGGGAACCACCUGCCCUACUUACUGUAGCCAGGCCCAAUAUCAGAACCAGUACCCCUGUAACACAGCACAGUGUCAGACAAAUACUGGUUCCACCACGUGUCCCACUUAUUGUGCCCAGGCGAAUUACCAGAACCAAUAUCCAUGUAAUACUGCUGUGUGUGCCAAUACCAACACUGGAGGGGGAACAACCUGUCCAACCUAUUGUUCACAGUCUCAGUUUGCAAAUCAGUAUCCGUGUAACUCGGUCAUUUGUACGUCUGGGUCUAACUGUCCCCCCUACUGUUCACAGCCCCAGUACGCAAACUCCCAGCAAUGCCUGAGUUGUAAAGGGGGAUUAGCGAGCCAGUGUCAGUAUAUUAGCUACUGCAGUGAUCCAAACAAUGCCAACAAAAGUCCGUGCAACAUGUAUCCAUGCAACAUGCUAAAUAGUUUGAACACAGGGUCGAAGGGUUCGUCAAAUUAUGAUAUGGGGUACUGCGGUUCGACCACUGUGGCGUGUGAAUUCACAGUCUUUGUUCCUAAUUCCAGUGCUAUUGAAUAUUUUUCAGUGUCGCUUAAUGGCAACAAAAUUAUGAGAGACACUCCAAGAUUUCAAUAUUUGUUUAAACGGCUCAUUGUUCCUAGAAGAAUCUAUAUAGAAAAAAUGGGAAACGGAAUCCACCAGAUGAGAAUGUUAAACGGGGAGACGAUUAAUCUUACAAAAACAAAUGACAGAGAUGUGAGGAUAUACUUUGGAGGAGCAUCAGCGAAUGUUAUUCACAUGGAUGAGGGGGCGACUAAUGGGGUCAUGCAUAUCAUUGACCAGUUGUUAUUUGUUCAGGAAGAUCUUACAAGAAACAUAGCAUCAUCGAAUGAUACCUUUUUGUCUUGGGGAGAAUGGACUUCUUGUAGUGUUACUUGUGGAAACGGUUCCCAACAAAGGCAUAGGGAGUGUGGCGGAUCCUGUUCUGGUUCGUCAUCCGAAUCAAGGACCUGUUAUCCACGCUCAUGUCCAGUGAAUGGUUUAUGGAGUUCUUGGGGUAGCUACAGCCCCUGUGAUAAAACGUGUACGCACGGCUGGAAAGUCAGAUUCAGGAAUUGCAGCAAUCCUCAACCGGCACACGGUGGUCUUUCUUGCAUCGGUGAUUCAUUGGAAGCUGUACGGUGUCCUGUCAAUGGUAAUUGGGGUCAUUGGGGUCACUUCCGGCCAUGUGACAUGUCAUGCGGUGGGGGGAUUCAUAUCCGAAUGAGAAGAUGUGACGACCCGCCUCCUUCUGAUGGAGGGCUUCAAUGUCCUGGUCAAUCAAUCCAAACCGAGGCAUGCAACACUCAGUCAUGUCCAGAUACCAGUCAACCAAUUGAUAGUGUGAUCGGAUAAUAUGUACCCGAAUAUUGUAACAUAUUAUAUAAUGAAAAGGAUAUUCCC